UAUUGUUCUGCUUUUGUCAGCCAAGUUUUGCUGUAAGAUUAGCUUCUCCAAUUAAGCUUUAAGCAUAAACAUAAAACUUUACUUGUGCUUCUUUAUUGGAUUUGCAUUUACAAUUUGGAAUGCAGAGCAGUGCUGGUCUUUUCUAGGGUUUGGUGGCUAUGCCCAAAGCUGACUUGAGUUCACUGUGAAGAGAAUGAUUCUCACGAAGCAGUUUCGCUGCAUACACUCAGCUAGCUGUCAAUGCACAAAAGGACAUUUAAGUGAAAAUGUCUUAUUUUUAGUGUUUCAACAUUUGAAUUGGAAUCCCAAGCUAAUUGCUGCUCUGUCAAGUGUGUGCAAAUGGUUUGAUGAUUUUGCCAAACGAGUUCUAUGGAAAGAGUUUUGUCGAACGAGAGCUCCAAAGAUGAUGCUUGAUCUGCAAUCUAGUGGAAGUCACAGUGUUGAUGGGAACUGGAGAGCCCUAGGGAAGCUGCUAUUAUACUGUUCAGGAUGCAAGAAAGGUGGCUUGUUCAAUAGCAUUCAUAUCCCUGGUCAUUUUGUGUAUCAGACUCGAUUUUCUGGAACAUCCGGAAAGAGCUUUCUUUUGCCGAAAUGUAGAACUGAUGUUUUAUAUGUGUCUGAUCCUUGCGAGCAUCUUGACCAGGGCGAGGAAGGAGAUAUAGGAUUUUUCCGUGGAGUUUUUAAGUCGUUUGCGACUUCGAAGGUCAGGAAGAUGUUGAUUAAGAAAGGUGCCAAGCUCCAUCCAAGAGAGGUUUGCCCUUACUGUAAGGCAAAGUUGUGGAGCAUGCUGCAAGCUAAGAUGAUCCCUCAAAGUGCGAGUUGCAGGUUGGGUUCCUAUGAAGAUUGUGUCGAGUAUUAUGUAUGCCUGAACGGUCACAUGCUCGGAAUCUGUACCCUGUUACCGUUAUCCGAUUCAGAAGAAGCAACUGAGUUGGAGUGAUACCUGACUGAUUUGCUGGUAUCUUCUUGUUCUGUAAAAUUGUUAUUUUGCUCUACUAUUCAUGUUUCCUGUUCGAGUCGUACUAGUUGAAUAUGUAAUUGUUCAACCAAGCUCCCAACUAGAACUAGGUUCCCAAAAGAUCCCCCCCAGCUUCCUCCUCCUUCUUUCCCCUCAAUAAUCUCCAUUCUUCUUUGUCCCUCCUCCUUUUUUUUUUCUUUUAUUUUCUUUAGUUAUGUUUCUCCCUUUUUUUACCUUUUGAAAAAAAAAAAGGAAAGAGGAGAAGAAAGAAAGAAAAAAUGUAGGAGGAAAAAGAAAUAAAAUAUAAAUAUAUAAAAUUUCUGUAUUUUUAUAAAAAAGUCGUAUUUUUCUUCAGAAAAUUUCUAUUUUAAAAGAUUUUGUAUUUGGUUUCAUAAAAUUUCUAUAUUUCUAUUAUUAAAAAAUAGUUUAAAGAUUUUGUUAAAAAACAGUAAAACACUUAUUCGUGAAGUAUUUCUUUUCCUAUUUUAUUUCAAUAUAAAAUGAAAGAAAGGGGGCAGGGGGUUGUGUUUGGGUUAUAUUCAUUUGUGACUGGAUUCAAUUGGAACUUGAUUCGUUUUUAGAGGUAUUAGAACUCAAAUAUUUUGUUGAUUUAUGAGCAUCAUUCCCUGAAAAAGAGGUCACAAGAAUAGGAUUCUCAGCUCAACAAGCCAUUAGGAAUUAGUGUUUGUUCGAGUGCCAUAAAUUGUUAGGAAAAGAUAUUUUUUAGAGUGUUUGAUAAAAUUUUUGUAGGAAAAGUAAAAAAUAUUAGAAACAUAAUAAAUAAAUAAAAAAAUAUUUUUAUAUUAUUGUAACUAAAUAUAAUUAUUAAAUAAAAAGAUAUUUUUACGUAAAAUAUCUAAAUACAAAAUUAUUUUUUAUUUAUUUAUUUUUCUAUAGGAGUUCACUCAAAUAAGUUCUUAGAUUUCCGGUGUUUAUUAUUCAGUGUUUUUCCUACCGGUUCCUCACUUCCUCAUGCGUCCCAUGAAUCAUACAUCAUUAGCAUCUAAAGAUGAUUCUAUAAUCCAUACAAAUCAUAUGUACUUGUUAGUUAGCCAGACAGGAUAUAAGGUGUGAAUUCAUCUACAACUGUUAGCUGAUUUGCAUUUAUGAUGGCCUCCACUCUGCCACCAAGCUUGGGUAAUGCUGGACCCCAAAUUUUGUGGAAUCAGCCUUACAUAUGAUGCUAAAAUUGAGAAUUUUUGCCAUAACAUAACGUGUAAUUGGACAGGUUGGCAAUUAAUUCCUAUGAGUUGGUUGAAAAAUGAACACUUCUGGCAUGUAUCUAACUAGAAUAUAAGAUUGUGAU